AUGGAGGACCACAUGACAUGGCACAACGAGGAGAAGCGUUACGAGUGCAACGUGUGUGGCAAUGCCUGGCUGUGCCCGAGCCAGCUUGAGAUCCACCGGAGGGUGCACACGGUUGACGAGCCCUAUGACUGCUCCACUUGUGGCAAGAGCUUCACCCAGUUGUCAGGCUUCAAGUCAUCCAAGCAACUGAAGGUUCACAGGUGCGUGCACACCGGGGAUCGGCUCUACACCUGCAGCGACUGCGGCAAGGGCUUCGCCCAGUCCUGCAACAUUGUGGAGCAUCAACGCACACAUGCCAGCGAGCGGCCCUGCACCUGCUCCGACUGCGGCAAAGGCUUCAAUACGUCCAGGAUCCUGAAGCUGGUGCACACCGGCGAUGGUUCCUUCGGCUGCUCCGACAGCGGCAAGGACUUCAAGAGGGCACAGGACCUGAAGAUCUACCGGCAACUGCACACGGGCGAGUGGCUCUUCAGCUGCUCCACCUGCGGCAAAAGCUUUGCCUGA